UCCACUUCUUCUUCAGUUCCCUCUCCCCUCUCUCUCCUUCUUAGCUCUCUCAAGGUUUCCCCCGGAGACGUUGGAAGAGUAUCCACAAAGUAAAAACAGAGAAAGAAGAAGAAGAUAACGAAGAUGAUGCUAGGGAAGAGGCCAAGGCCACCAAUGAAGAGAACGACAAGCAUGACGGAGAUCACUUUUGAUCUAAACACAAGCAACGCUGAAGCUCCACCGUCGGAUCGACAAAACCCUUUUAACAACUACCCAAAGCAGGCUGCUGGCCCUUUUAGUGGUGUUUGGGGUCCACAGAUUCAGGCUAAUGGUGGUGGUGGUAGUGGCCUUGAAGGGUUCGAUCACCGGUUGUUGGCGACGGUGUCACCUAGAGCUCAUAGAAGGCAUUCGGUUGAUUUUAUAGAAACCGCCCAUUUCCUAAGGGCUUGCGGUCUUUGCAGGCGUCGCCUUGUUCCUGGCCGUGAUAUCUACAUGUAUAGGGGUGAUACUGCAUUUUGCAGCCUAGAGUGCAGGCAACAGCAGAUGAACCAAGACGAGAAAAAGGAGAAAUGUUCGAUUGCAUCCAAGAAACAACCACCUGCCGCCUCUUCUGGUGCGAGCUCCGGCGUCUCCGCCAAAGGCAAGACCGUUGCCGCCGUAUAGAAAUAAAUCACCCGUGGUCCCAAAAGGAUUUUACCCAAGCUCUAAAAUUCCAUGGUACUAAAAGGAAUUAAUAUAUCUAGCUAUGAGGGUGGGGAGUCCAAGUUUAACUUUGUAAUGCUAAUGGGGCAAGUUUUGGACAUGUUAUUUUAUGUGGAUCCAAAAAAACAACCUUAUACAAAAGAAAAAAAAAAUCGAAAUCUGUACUUCUUCCUAGUGUCUAAUUUUUAUCCCUUGUUAUCUUUCAGUAGUAAUGGAAGAAAAUUGCAGAUUCACAAAAUUUCUUACAUCUCCA